AUGGAAGAGCCGUCAUGGACGCGCAAGCUAGCGCCGAACCGCACGAUAGCGGAGGAAGCGAAGGCCAUUCUUCACGAGCUGAAUGCAGUGAUGGCGGUCGGUCCACGCUGGCAGCUGGACACCUUUCUGGGCGGCACUGCCCGCCUCUGUGCCAUCCAGAAGGCUCUGCGCGCGCGGCUAAACGACAAAGAGGGGGGUGCUGGAGGGGCGGGGGGACGAGCGGGUGACGGCAUGGGCGGAAGGGGGGCGGAGUAUUACGAAGGCGGGGAGAGCAGCAGAGAUGACAUGGGAGUGUGGGGGACCAGGGGGUAUGGCAGCAGCAGUGGUGCUGCUGCCAACUAUGGUGAUGAUCAAACGGACGGAAGGGAAGAAGCAGGAGGAGGAGGAGCGAUGGAAGAAGCGGGAUUCGCAGAUGCGAUGAGGAAAAAGAAGCUGGGGAGGAGAGCCAGUCAGCCGCCGACCAUAUUUGGAUCAGCUCUAGCGGCGGCAGCAGCAGUAGACAGCGUUGAUCUGAACGGGUUUAGAGAUCACCAAGGAGAACUGGCUGGGAGUGAGGGUUUUGGGUUAGGACGGUUAAGAUUAGGGUUAGGGUUGGGGUUUGGGCGGUUGCGUGCUGGGAGUGAAGGUGAGGUGAUGAAGGUGCUGGGCGAUGUGGACAUGCUUAUAGAGCGAUGCAUGGAAAUGCUUAUAGAGGAGUUCAAGGAUAGCCUCGUGAAGCACUGCAAGGCGUUUGAGGUGCCCAUGGCAAAGGCUGUUUUGGACCUCAGUGUCCGAUCUGCUUCGCCUCUCCCCCGCUCUGUGUCUGCUGGUGAUGGUGCUCUUGGUUCUGGGGCUGCUGCUGCUGCUGCUGCUGUUGCUGCUGAUUCUGGUGGGGUCAGCAGUGGACACAGCAUAAGCAACUCGCGGUACAGCAAGAGCCUAUCUGCUAUUGAUGAUGAGGGGGGGAGUUAUGGUCCAGCAGCAGCACCGACGGCAGCAGCAGCGAGCAACAACACCCAUCCGCAUCCCCUCUUUGCGGAAUUUGAAGCCGUGGAAGUAGAAGAUACCUUUGCAGCGGAAUCCCAUGCGAGGAUAGGUGCAAAUGCUAGCGGAAACCAUGGUGCUUGUGCUCAAAACGAGGCUGCCACAAAUGGGGAUGAGGAUGACGAUGGGGGGGGUUCCUCCAAUUUCACGUUCUCUCCUCUCUCAGACACAUCAGGCUCGGGAAGCUCUGCUUCGGUGUCCCGAAGCACCCGGGCAGCUGCAGAAGACAUCCCGAGUCUGCUGCCGUCUCCAGUCCAGAUGUCCGGACCUGCGUCUAUUGUGAGUGCCGUGUCUGCGAUCCACGCCCGGAAGAACCGAACCUCAAAAUUGGUUCGGGCUGAAUCAGACGCAGCAGCGGAAGGAGCGCGCCGGUUCUCACGCCGGGAAAGGGAGCAGCAGAAAAAGCAGCAGGAGGGGGAUCGGCAGCAGGUUCAGGAGGAAGAGGAUUUGUAUCCGCUCCCGGACCUGCCGAGUCAGGCUCGGCAGAGCCGAGCCAGCAGGCACGGUCGGUCUCAGUCUGCUGCAGCGAAUUUCACAAUAGUAGUACCACGGAGAAGCAUGAGAGGGGCGUUAAGUGGGGAAUCCGGAACAAAUGUGACUGUAACAGGAUCUCCUGCUGGUGGGGCGGGGGCAGGGGCGGCAGGGGCAGGUGCAGGGGGGUUGAGAGCAGGAACCGGGGGGACGGAGCCCCUUCCCCCUUUAGGGGGAGCGAGAGGGCGGAAGGGGGACUCUGGUCCAUUGGCAAGACCAAGGGGAGUUGGGGGAGGGGGAAUAGGAGGAGCAGUGGGUAGGAGUGAGAGAGGAGGGGGGAUGGAGGAGGAUGGGCAGCAGCAGUUGGUGCCAUGGUUGCCUGUGAAGGCUGUGCCUUCUCUGGAGAGAAUCGCUCAGCAGCUAGCUGAUGGGGGCAAAGCGAAAGAGUGUUUGGUCGAGUACUGCGCACUGCGGGCAACAGCCCUUGAAGCAGCCAUAGCAGCUCUGGAGAUGGGGGAAGUGCGCGCCCCUGCCCUCUCCGCCCUGCCUUGGAGUUCCCAAGAGGCCUUUCUCAAGGCCUGGGUGCGAGAUGCCUACCUGCUGGUGAGUCCGGUGGCAACAAUGGACGUGCUGCUAGUAGCGGAGCGCUUCCUCUGCGACAGCGUGUUCCUCUUCUCCCACACCCUCUCCACCCGCUCCUUCCGCCGCAUUGUGCGGCGAGCAGCAGCGCUGAAGCAGGCGCUGCAUCUGCUGUGUGGCAACGCUGCUGCCAUCUGCUCCUCUGAUGAGCAGCCGGAGAAGCUGUUCAGUCUGCUGGAUAUGAUUCAGGCCACCCAGGACCUUGGGUCACAGAUGGAAGAUGUGCUGAUGGCAGCAGGUAUGGAAAAAGCCCAUGAGCAAUGGAAGAAGCUGCCAAAACUGCUGACAUCAUCAGCAAUAGCGUCCAUCGAUAAGCUCAAGGAGAGGCUGAACGAUGUGGGUGCAGCGCAGCAGGCUAUGGCUGUUGCAGCAUCGCCACGGUCUGCACAGAAGAUUUUCAGGUUGUGGAAGGCGCCAGCGGAGGAGAGGCCAAGGGAAGAGACGGAUGUGUCAGUACAUGCCAUCACCAGCUACACUGUCAACUACGUCAACCAGCUCCUGCGCAAAGACGGCUCCAAGUAUGCGCGCAUGCUGGAGAGCGUGUACAGGAGAAGAGGAGGGGAAACAGGCACAAGGAGAGUAUUAAACGAGGAGAUCAGUGACCUGCUGGCAGCGCUGCACCACAACAUGCAAGUGCGGGCAGAGGUCAUUGCAGAGAGUACUGUUGCUGCUCUCUUCAUGCUCAACAACACUGCCUAUGUCUCCAACUCUCUUGCAAGCACGAGCAUGAAGGAGGCUAUGAAACAGUCUGAGCGGCUCAAGGAGUGUGAACAAGCCUUUUUAGACGCUAUCACUGCCAAGAUAUGCUCUCACCUUCUAUGCAUGGAGGCCAGUUUUCAACUCAAUGCUCAGGAGCUCAGGAUCAGGUUAAAGCGGUUCAAUGCAGCCUUUGAGGAGCUGGCACUUCUGCAGGGCAGCUGGAACAUAGUGCACAUCAGCACACGCAGGAACAUUCGACAACUGCUGGCUACGACGCUGCAUGACAAAUACAAGGACUUUCUCAUUCCACACAG